AAACAUUUUUUUAGCUACCACCCACGCACCUCCAUCAACAACCCCAUUGCCCUGCUUCAAAAUGUCUGACUUCGAGGAUUUCAUCAAACCCGAAGGCCAAACAAAUGUUUCAGACAGUUACCAGCUCAAUCCCACCAGUGUUAUAGUAUCGGUCGUCUUCUCUCUCAUUUUCCUCUUGGGUACCAUCGGGAACAGCUUGGUUUUAGCUGUGCUGCUGCGGAGUGGCCAAGUGGGAUACAACACCACCAAUCUCUUCAUCCUGAACCUGAGCGUGGCCGAUUUCUUCUUCAUCAUUUUUUGUGUGCCAUUCCAAGCCACCAUCUACUCGCUGGAGGGCUGGGUGUUUGGGUCCUUCAUGUGCAAAGUGGUGCAUUUCUUCAUCAACCUCACCAUGUAUGCUAGCAGCUUCACACUAGCAGCCGUCUCGGUCGACAGAUAUCUGGCCAUCCGUUACCCUCUGCGAUCCCGUGAACUCCGCACCCCACGUAAUGCUGUUGUUGCCAUGGUGAUCAUCUGGGGUCUGUCCCUCGUUUUCGCCGGUCCCUAUCUGAGCUACUACGACCUCAUCGAAUACGACAACAGUACAGUAUGCAUCCCGGGCUGGGAGGAACAAAACCGGAAAGUCCUUGACACCUGCACUUUCGUAUUUGGUUAUGUGAUCCCUGUUCUUAUUGUGAGCAUGUCCUACACAAGAACCAUCAAGUACCUCUGGACCGCCGUGGACCCUCUAGACGGCAUGUCCGAGUCCAAAAGAGCAAAGCGAAAAGUGACUAAAAUGAUCAUUAUCGUAACUGUUCUCUUCUGUAUUUGCUGGUUGCCGUAUCACGUUGUCAUCCUGUGCUAUCUUUAUGGAGAUUUCCCCUUCAACCAGAUCACGUACGCGUUCCGGCUCCUGUCUCAUUGCAUGGCUUAUGCUAACUCCUGCGUAAACCCCAUUGUGUACGCUCUCGUCUCCAAGCAUUUUCGCAAGGGAUUCAAGAAAGUCUUCAGCUGCAUCUUGAGUAAAAAUGGUAGGAAUAAGGUCCAUGUAGUUCACGUGGCUAACACAGUGCCGGGGUUUGAAGCGGGGUCCACAGAAGUGUCGCAUAUGCACGAGGAGCGGCAGAACGAGUGUGAAAUGACAAACAGGCCACGACCGGAGCCCAGAGAGCCAACACUGACUCUGAACCUGCCCUUUCAAAGGCCCACUUGAGCACGAGAGAGACGGGCUCUGCAUACAAUCUAUGGGAGGACUUCACAAACUGUUUAAACUGUGCUGUUUACAUUGUGCCGUUUGUUCAUUGUGGUGAGAAAUGACUCAUGGUGACAUUGACAAGCUUAACAAUUACAGUGUAAAUUUAGUGUUUAAGGAGGUGUAGUGACACAAAUCUGCUGCCAGAAAAUAUUGUGUUUUCAAUUUUUAUCAAAGCAUCAGCAUGAUUGUGUUUUCAAAUACUUCAUGUUUUUGUCCAAAAUCUGCCUUUAAUUAAUUUGCGUUUAAUUGAUUUUUUAAAAUUUUGUUAUGCGGUUAUGUUAUUUUUGAUAUGAUAUCUGCUGUCAAGAGUAUUGGUUUGUGGUGAUGUGAUGUCUGACACUGACUUGGUUUUUGAUACUGUUCAUUAAUAAUCAUUGUAUAGUUCAUAUCAGUGCAGCUAUUAGCAACCUGGAGCCAACAUAUAGAAGAACAUCCUUUCUUUCUUUCUUUCUUUCUUUAUCUUUAUUUCUACAGGGGAACCCAAUGAGAGCACUUGGCCUCUCUUUUUCAUGGGUGCCCUAUUUAAAAUACAAUACAAGCAGAAAAACAAACAAAACAAAUGAACAUAAGUAUAUGAGUCCAUAUAAAACAUUAGAAAUAGGUGCGCGUGUGUGUAUAAAAGUUCCUUACCAGAUUAUUAAAUUACUAUUGUGUCACUAAUGUAUACAGUUUUGCUUUUCCUUGAAGUGUAUUCCAUUUUGACGCAAAACAGCUAAAAGCUCUCUUUUUAGACAGCAAUGAUAAUGCACUCCUGGAAACACUUUAUAAUGACUACACAACCGUAGUAAAGCAUGCACAAAGACUUAAUCCAUAAUCAACAAAUAGCUUCUUCAGAAUGGUUUAAGCUUGGUAACUACUUAAUUAAGGAGUUAGGAUUAGGAGUUAUGGUUAUUGUUUAUUAUUAUGUAGUUCCUAUGCCUAAUCAUUCUUAAUAGCAUUUGUCCAUUAUUAGGUGAUUUUUCAUGCUUUACUAAGACUGACUAAGGUGUAGUUAUUAUAAAGUGUUACCAUACUCCCUUGUUAUCUACCCCAAAUGCAAACAAAAUGAUUCUACAGAAUUGUAACAGAAAACUAUGCUGUGUGAAGACAUUCUGGAAAAAAAUGGUCCAAUCAGACAAUCUUAAAACGCCUUAAUCACAGCUUGCACUCUGGCAUUUCUUUUAUAUGCUUCAGGUGUAAUCAAUUGUCAUUUAAAAUCCUUUUAUCAUAAUAGCUGCUACUUACUCCUCUUUUGCAGUGAACAACAGGAAGACUUACAUCUGAGCUUUUGCCUGAAUCAUUAUAAUCAUGUUUAAGUGAGCUCACGUGGAGGAAGCAAAUAGUGCGAGCGAAGAUCACUCACUCUAACGUGUUUUCUGACAAAGGCUGCAAUGACAGUUUGAGUCCAGUGUUGAUUUUUACAGCUAAAUCAGUAUGCAUUUCUUUCUACUGCAAGAUUUAAAUACUUACUGCUCGCUAAACCUGUUUUGCAUGCAGAACACAGCUCAUUUUCAGAUAUGUAAUGAAAUAACGCACUCACGCAUAACAUCAAGGCACACGGUAUGUUCACUAGCAUCGCAGAUAAUUAGAACUGGUCGUUUUCAAAGCAUGUUUAUCUUUCUUCUUUGUUGUGUAUAUAAUUACGAAUAUUGCUAAGUACUUGCUUCAAUACACCAUUUUAAAGCUGUAUAUUCUGUAUAUUUCAAAGCUGUGGAUCUUUGGUACUGCAUCUCUUCCUCUUUCUCUUUCUCUCUCUGUUUGGACCAUAGACUAUAAUGUGUCUAUGUUUUUGACUGUGAGCUUGUGUCUACCUCAAAAUGAUGGAAAACAAGAUCUAAAGCUUUUGUGUUGUGUAAGGUGCAGCUGUCCUAGAAGAGCUUAAAGAAAAAAGCAUUCCCUGUUUCAAUGGAUCCGGGCUAUUGUGUUGAUAUUAAUCUUGAUUCAUCUGUUUUGCUUAUUUGGAUGUUAUCAUUUUCAAAACUGAACACAGUAUUUUGACAUUAUAUAUACACAUGAUGCAUUAUUAGAGAUAAGAUGUGUUUACAAAGAUAUUUGAAAGUGCAAUCUAAUCCCUAAAUAAAUAUUUUUGCUGUG